AUGCCUCCGAUUAUGAUCAAAGGCGGCAUGUGGAGGAAUACUGAGGAUGAAAUCCUCAAAGCGGCGGUGAUGAAAUAUGCGAAGAACCAAUGGUCUCGGAUUGCUUCCCUGCUGAAAAGUAAAUCAGCCAAGCAGUGCAAGGCCCAAUGGGACGAAUGGCUGGACCCACGCAUCAAAAAAACCAAAUGGUCCAGGGAGGAGGAAGAAAAGUUUUUACACCUGGUCAGGUUGAUGGCCACGCAGUGGAGAACCAUCGCCCCGAUCGUCGGGCGGACAGCCGCCCAGUGCUUGGAGCAUUAUGAAUUUCUGCUGGACAGAGCUGCCCAAGGAGACAAGGAAGAAGAAACAGCAGGCGAUCCACGCAAACUUCGGCCUGGAGAGAUGGAUCCGAAUCCAGAAACGAAACCAGCCAGACUGGAUCCCAGGGAUAUGGACGAGGAGGGACUCUCCGAAGCCAGAGCCCGCCUGGCAAACACGCAGGGAAAGAAGGCCAAGAGGAAAGCGAGGGAGAAACAGUUGGAAGAAGCCCGGCGCCUUGCUGCCCUCCAGAAGAGAAGAGAACUUCGGGCAGCUGCCUUAUUAGACAGUCAGAAAAAAAGGAAAAAGGAGAGCGGAGUAGAUUAUAACGCAGAAAUUCCAUUGGCCAAAAAGCCUGCUCCAGGUUUUUAUGACACGUGACUUGGCGCUGACUUGGGCAAGUUACGACAAGCAGAUGUCGACAGGGAGUUGAGAUCCGAAAAGGAAGGAGACAGGAAGAACGACAAAGAACACUGGAAAAGGAAAAGGGAGUCGGAUUUGCCGUCAGCUCUUCUCCAGACCAGCGGAGUAGCUGCAUCGACCAAGAAGAGAAGCAAAUUAGCCCUUCUUGCACCUCAGAUAUCAGAGGCUGAACUUCAGCGAGUUGUCAAAGCUGCGCAGGCAAGUGAAAUGCCUCGUGAAACAGCCGAGGAAUCCGGCCCCGUGGAUUCUGCUUCCAGGACUCUUUUGUCGGAAUAUGAUGUCACCAACGAGAGGAGCGCUCUCAGGCCCCCCAGAACUCCGACUGGCCCAGAUCGAAUCCUGCGGGAUGCCCAGAACUUGAUGGCUCUCACCAACGUGGACACCCCACUGAAAGGGGGUCUUAAUACACCACUGCAGGAGAGUGACUUCUCUGGAGACCGUCAGAUCCUGCAGACGCCAAACACGAUCCUCUCAACCCCAUUCCGGACCCCUAACCGCGGAGCUGAAGGGUGGACUCCUAGCCGAGACGUGACUCCUAAAGCGGCUGUCGGCACUCUGCCGGGGAGGCCUCCUCUAAGGGACAAACUGAGCAUCAAUCCGGAAGAGGGGUCGGCAGCUUGCAAUGACCCCUCCUUUGUGAAGCAGGCAGAGAGAGAAUGAGAACUUCUGCGUCUAGGCUUCAUGAGCCUUCCUGCCCCUCAGAAUGACUUUGACAUUGUGAUACCAGAAGUUUGGGCUCUGGGCACCUAG